UUCUCUUCACACUUUUCAAUAUUCUAUCUUUCUCUUUCGUUUUAAAUCGUUCGUUAAUUAAUUAUUUCUUUUUCGCGCCGCGUCGUUUAAUCGUAUUGUUUCGUAAAUAAUCGUUUCCGUAACCGUAACACCGUACAAAGGCCGAUCGCGAACGCGUAGUGCAAGUAACAAGGUUUCUCAUCUUUUCUUCGUCUUCCAGAUUUCCAGACUACACAUAGUUAUCAACGAAAUAUUAUCUUGAGUUAUUAUCUUGUAUUGUUUAACAUCGAGCUCGUAACCGAGGAAGGUGAUCCGCCUGUGGAAGGGUAUAAAAGGCUCUGUCUAAGAUACGAAGUGGCUCAGUUGUUCGAAGAACGAUCGAGGGUUCGGAAUCAGUCUGGAAAGACCUUCUAUCUCUAUCUGCUGCUCUUCUUCUUCGCUUCUGUCGUGUGUUCUAUUUGAAGAUCACCGGUGAUCAUCGAGGCCGAACGUAAAAACGUAGAACAAGCGAGAAAAACAAUGAUUAGGAAUUAAAGAUAAUAAAAGAUAAAUGAAUUACCACGGUCGGUGAGAACUGAAGGAGGUGAAAAAUGGAAGAAAGGGGUAAACUGGAUACAUGAAGGCUAAAGUUAUCGAACGUGAACCGAGGAUAGAAGUUUGAGAGACAAGUUCACGCAACAGGUGGAAAGAAAAAUAUAUUAAAAGGAAAGAGGGGAGGCAAGAGAAGAAGGGCAAGGAGAAGGAGGGGAAACGGUAGAAAAGGAAGGAAGGAAGGAAGGAAGGAAGGCAAGAGCAAAAGGAGAAAGGGAGAAAGGAAGGAAAGGAAGAAAAGGAAAGGAAGAAAAAGAGAUACGAGUGGAAGGAUAAGGAAAGAAGAGAGAGACAGUUAGAGGGGCAGAGGGUGAAGAAGACAGCGAUGGCCGGAUGGUGGAACCUCGGUGGUGUUUUUCUUCUGCUUUUUGCUAUACUCCUUGCUCCCUAUUUGUACAAGAUCAACUGGAUCAAGGAUUUAAGGAUCGAAGGUAACGGGAAAAAAGUUCUCGCUAAUCACUUAGAAUCCAAAAAACGUAAAUUGGGAAAACUUCCUCCCGUUUAUCCAAAUGGAUGGUUCGCCCUCUUGGAGAGUUCUCAGCUUCGAAAGGGUCAAGUGAAACAUGUGGCAGCCCUAGGAGAAAAUUUUGCUGUAUUUAGAACAGAUAAAGGGACGGUAAGAAUUUUAGACGCUUACUGUCCUCAUCUGGGUGCAAAUAUGGCAGAGGGUGGUCGUGUGACGGGUGAUUGCUUGGAAUGUCCAUUUCAUGGCUGGCAAUUUCGUGGAUCCGAUGGACAGUGUGAUCACAUUCCAUACACUGAUAAAAUACCGCACAUCGCCAGAACAAAAACUUGGAAGAGUUGCGAAGCCAAUGAGAUCAUCUUUGUUUGGUACCAUGCGGAAGGAUUGGAGCCCAGCUGGCAACCGCAAACUCUCGAUCAAGUUUUGAACCGAACAUGGCGUUACCAGGGUCGAAAUGAGUUUCUCAUCAACUGCCAUAUACAGGAAAUUGCAGAAAAUGGAGCUGAUACGGCACAUCUCAGUGUUGUACAUGGUCCAUCAGUGUUUUCCAAGAUUGCUCAUAUUUUUUCUUCAUUCGCUCGCCAUUCGUGGUCAAACAUUAAUUGGACACCCCACAGUUCUUAUUCAGAAUCAAAAAAGUCAGAUGCUACUGAUUCAGUGAAAGAAAAUAGUACCGAAGAUUUGAGUCAUAGAGCUUAUAUGUCCUUGAGACAUCGUUUGGUUUUAUUCGAGAGAUUCGAAUUUCUGCAAGUGGACGUAAGCGUUCAACAAAUCGGCCCUGGAUACGUAGAAUUAAUGAUGGAAUCUUAUUUAGGAACCGUGUGCAUUUUUCAGACAGUCACGCCGAUGGAACCUCUUCUACAAAAGGUAACUCAUGUACUGUAUUCUCCACCGCUGCUUAGUCCGUACGCCAGUAUGUUAUUUUUGGCGGAGUGUUUGAUGUUCGAGAGAGAUGUGGCCAUAUGGAACCGAAAAAAGUUUGAGAAACAGCCGAUGCUCGUUAAAGAAGAAAAAAGUAUUCAUACGUACCGCAGGUGGUAUUCCCAGUUUUAUUCGCAGCAUAGCCCCAGUUAUCAAUCGGUUAUAAAAUCUAUACAAUGGUAGCCAUUUAAUAACGUUCAAUUAGAUUUUAUGAUAUUAAUAAUAAUUGUAACAGCAAUAGGAUUAAAGUUUACAAUGAAUACAUACAGUAUAGACUCGUUAUAAGCAAAACGCUCGGGACCGGACUUUUGCUUCUAACGUGUAGUUCCACCAUUGUUUGAUAUUUGCCGACUGCUUCGAACGUAGAAAAGGACAGCGAGUGAAAAAGAGGACGGAGCGAAAACAAACCGUUCUAUGUCAGCUAGGCAACAACGUAAGUUUGUUAUUUAUCAUUUUUUUUCUAUAAAACUUUUUCCAUGAUAUUUCUGACAUUUUUGUAAUUAAAAUGAUACCAAACACGAUAUAAUUCGGACCAUAUUUACUGUGUAAACUAGUUACAACCAAACGCACGGAACUGUCUUUCGAAAUCCUCGCACAUUGUGUUUUGCAUCGGACCGAACAAAUAUACACGGUAAGUAUGGUCCGAAUUAUAUCGUGUUUGGUAUCAUUUUAAUGUCAGAAAUAUCAUGAAAAGUUUUAUAAAAAAAAAAAAUGAAAAAUAACAAAGUUAAUUUGCCUCAUCGACAUAGAACGGUUUGUUUUCGCUCCGUCCUCUUUUGCACUCAAGGUCCUUUUCUACGUUCGAAGCAGUCGGCUAACAUCAAACAAUAGUGGAACUACACGUUAUAGGCAAAAGUCCGGUUCCGUGCGUUUGGUUGUAACUAGUUUACACGGUAAAUAUGGUCCGAAUUAUAUCGUGUUUGGUAUCAUUUUAAUUAGAAAAAUGUCAGAAAUAUCAUGGAAAAA